UAUGCACAACAGCACUGCCUUGUAAUCACAGGAGAAUAAUGCAUGGCUAGAUUCCCUUGUUAUCUUCGAAUAACCAGGACUGGUUUAGCUGUCCUGGAGUCCAUAUGGGAACAUCUCUCACGUCACUGAAGUCAUCUUUACUUGUGAUUAAUUCUCACCAUGUCCUAGAGCAACUUACAUUGCUUUCAAUUUGAAGCUCAUGGGGUUUCCACUUUUUGUUCUUGAUCAUGUUCUCGUUGCUAUUCUUCUUGCUGCACAAUUAAUGAAAACGCUUGUCAUGGCUCAAGAUAGUCUUCUUGGUAACCCUGCGGAGAAAGAUGCUCUUUAUGGUCUCAAGGCCACUUUCAAUGACCCUUUUCUGAAUAAUAACUGGACUGGCUUCCCUUGCAAUGAGACUGAACCGUCAAGAUGGUUUGGGGUUCAGUGUACCAGUGGUCGAGUCACUGGGAUAGUACUGGAAGGCAUGGAGCUAACAGGAAAAAUCGAUGUCAAGGCAUUCUUUAAUCUUACAGAAUUGUCUAUUCUGAGCUUCAAGAACAAUUCCCUGAAGGGAAAUGUGAUGGAUUUCUCGGAGAAUCAUCACCUGAAGUAUAUUGAUUUGUCAGGCAAUGAGUUUGAUGGGGCAAUACCAAGAUCCCUUCUGAAUCUUAACUUCUUGGAAGCGUUGUUGCUGCAAGAUAAUAAGCUCACAGGUCCGGUUCCGGAGUUCAGUCAACCAAGUUUGAAGAUGAUCAAUGUGUCAGGCAAUGAUCUUCAUGGCAGAAUCAGAGUAACUCAAACUGUUCGAUUACUGGGGCCUCAUUCAUUUUCUGGCAACCCCAGAUUAUAUGGUCCUCCUCUCAAUUCCUGCAGCUCCAGCUUGAAAGCUGCAAUUCCAGCAGCACCAACAGACGACCCAGAAAACGAUGAGGCCCAGAACCAGACUGGAUCGUCAAAGAAAGAUAACACUUCCACUAUUCUAAUCAUUUUCAAUGUGGUUCUCCUGUUUGCAAUAAUCUUUCUAGCUUUUCUUUACUACAAGACAGUUAAGAAGCUCAACAAUAUUAUGAAGCAGCAGAUUCCCAUUAUUGAUAGAGAUGUGGCGGAGAGUACUGUCGAUAAGGUCGAAAUGAGAAAUCAUCACAGUCCAGUGGUGAUGGCAGUAGAAGAGAAGAGGGAGCUUAUAUUCUUUACGGAUGAACCAAAGUUUCAAAUGAAUGAACUCUUAAAAGCUUCUGCAGAGGCCCUGGGUCAGGGAAUCAUGGGGAACAGUUAUAAGGCUAUGCUGAAUGGAGGAGGUUCCGUUGUUGUGAAGAGGCUAAGGGACCUGAGGCCAAUGACAAGAGAGGACUUUGCAAAGCAAUUGCAUAGAAUUGCUGAUUUGAGGCAUCCGAAUUUGUUGCCUUUGCUUGCUUACUACAUUUCCAGAGAUGAGAGGUUGCUGCUCUACAGAUAUGCAGAGAAGGGAAAUCUUUUCUUCAGGCUGCACGGAAACAGAAGUGGAAACCGGAUUCCAUUCACAUGGAACUCAAGAUUAUCAGUGGCAAAAGGGGUAGCCCGAGGAUUAACUUACCUUCAUCUCAAUGCCAAGCCCAAUAGCACCAUGGCUCCCCAUGGAAACUUGAAGUCCUCAAAUGUCCUGCUAGAUGAAAACGACACAGUUCUCAUCUCUGACUACGGACUUUCCUCCCUCAUAGCACAACCCAUUGCAGCUCAACGAAUGGUCGUUUACAAAUCACCCGAAUAUGGGUACUCAAGAAAAGUAUCAAAGCAAUCUGAUGUCUGGAGCUAUGGAAGCCUUCUCAUAGAACUUCUAACAGGCAGAUUAUCUGUGUGUUCAGCCCCAACCGGGGUUACCGGGUCGGAUCUCUGUAGUUGGGUCCACCGAGCAGUGAGGGAAGAAUGGACGGCGGAGAUAUUCGAUAGGGAAAUUUCUGUGCAGAGAAAUGCACUUCCUGGGAUGCUGAGAUUGCUUCAGAUCGCGAUGCGUUGCACCGAUAGGUUCCCUGAGAAUCGGCCAGACAUGAGGGAGGUGGUGAGAGAAGUAGAGAAGAUUGAGGUGGUUCCAUUGAUGUCGGAAGAUGAAGAAGAUGCAUCUGGAGAUAGAUCUAUAACAGAUGAUUCGCUCUACUCAACCAGUACUACCUCAGGGAUUAUUGGAGAUGACAGGUAGAGAGAUGCUCAAGCCUGGGACCCUAAUCACACAUUGUUUUUCCUUUCAAACGUGAAGAUGAGGUUGAA